AUGUCACCUCCUGCACAAGGUCGUGUUUUGCUAGCAUACUCUGGCGGUCUUGACACUUCAUGCAUCUUGGCAUGGCUGAUCGAGCAGGGUUAUGAGGUUUACGCCUUCAUGGCUGACGUCGGUCAGGAGGAGAAGGCACUCAGUGUUGGUGCAAAUAAAUUCUUCGUGGAGGACCUGAAGCGUGAAUUUGUAACGCAGUUAAUCUACCCUGCUGUACAAGCAAACUGCAUCUACGAAAAUGUAUAUCUACUUGGAACUUCUCUCGCCCGUCCUGUUAUCGCUCGUGGUAUGAUAUCCGUUGCAGACAAAGAAGGUUGCGACUAUGUAUCACAUGGCUGCACGGGCAAAGGGAAUGACCAGGUUCGCUUUGAACUUGCUCUCUAUGGCCUCAAGCCAGAUAUCAAGGUCAUCCCUCCUCGGACGCUUCCUGAAUUUUACAACCGUUUCCCUGGCCGACAAGCACUACUUGCAUACGCGGUGGAGAAGGGAAUUCCUGUGCAACAGACUGCCGCAAAACCAUGGCAUCCUCGAGGAUCCAAACAUCACACCCCCCAUGACAUGUGGAAACUCACCGCAUCCCUCAAAGAUGCACCAGCGGAGCCUGAACAGCUGUCGAUCGAGUUCAAGGCCGGUCUUCCCGUAAAGGUUGUAAUUGCUAACCAGGCCCCUAUCACUGAUCCCGUCGACAUUUUCCUCGCACUCAAUGCUGUCGCGAGGAAGCAUGGUGUCGGCCGUAUCGACAUCGUCGAAAACCGAUUCAUCGGCGUCAAGUCUCGUGGCUGUUAUGAGUCGCCUGCAGCGACUAUUUUACGUGUCGCACAUAUGGACAUUGAAGGUCUUACGCUCGACCGCAAUGUUCGUGCUCUUCGCGAUCAGUUCAUCACAUCGAACUCGCCCGUAUUUUUCACAAUGGUCACUUCUUCACCCCUGAGCGCGAUCAACGCAUCGUCAGUUGGAACAGUUCGCUUGAAGCUUUACAAGGGUAACGUCGUCGUUAUCGGCCGCUACUCCGACGAGGGUCUUUAUGAUGAGCACCAAUCUUCCAUGGACGAGCUCGGUGGGUUUGAGCCAACAGACACCACAGGUUUCAUCCAGAUUGAAAGUAUCCGCAUUAAAAAGUGGGGUCAGGCCAAUGCUCGUAAGGGCCAAGGUGGUGUUGAGCCACAGGAUGUUUAUGGCUCUCGCAUCUAG